AUGCCCAACAAAGCCCAGGAGGAUGCAGUCAUCAACCUGAAGACACUGCAGGAGGUUUCCAUGCAGCUUGGUUUUGAGUGGACAUUUCUGGCGUAUGAGCUUGGAUUCAACAGAACUGAAAUAGGCCAGUUCCAUACCAGAUCCACAAGGAAGCCUUUGCAGGCCAGGACCAUGUUGGAAAGCUGGUAUGAACGAUCAUGGGACAAACCAAAUAAGACCAAAUUGUUGCAAGAUGGACUGGAGAGAGCGGGAAGACGUGAUCUGGCGGAGAAAAUUCGCUGUCUUCACUGGGGUCACCAGAAGCUGAGCAAAAAGGUGGAGCUUCCCUCAGCUUUCCCCUUUAUAAUCACAGUCCACAAGACCAUCCAUAACAAAGAUGCACUACGAAGAAUCAACGACCUCAGCUGUAGGUUCACUUAAAGAUGGAAGAAAACAUCAGAUACACCGACUGAUGGUUUUAAGAGAAAUCUCAGUUUCUGAUUUUUGUACAGUUGAUCUGCCAAGUCACAUUUUACCUGAGCUCACUUUCGUUCUACUAAAUAUAAUUGACAUAAAUGUUUAUGUUGUUGCAACUUUGAUUGCAUGAAUAUAAUGUGAUUUUUAAAAUGAAAAUUUUAAUGUCAUACAGUGUUUUAACAUCAUGGCUUAUUCAAGGUUGUUUUGACAGCUGCAUGCAUCCUGCCAGAGAGUUGUGUCUGGUAGAAGGAGAUAUCAGGAGGUGGGCAGGAUAAUGGAAGAUUUUUGUACUUUGCUUUUGUCAACGUGUGUUUCCUGCAGGACUAUAAAAUUGAAUGUAUGCUUCCAUUCUUGGCUCAUUCUGUGACCUUCAUAUUGAGACCCGAACACUUUUUAAUGCCUUCAGUAGUAAAUAAUAUAAAAGACUGAGCGCUCUAGUUAUUUACUGUGUUUCUUAUCAGUUCAGUGAAAGAUUGCCAUGACAAUGAUAAAAUAUUUGCAAUCAAUUGAGCUUUAUGUUUUAUUAUCCAAUUAUAUUAUAAAGGUAAAACAAGUUCUAAAGCGAUGAAGUAAAAGAGCAGAAACAAAACAUCGUUUAUGCCAAUUGAUAAAUAUCAAAAGGCUUUUCUUGUAAAAGCUACUAAUGAUCUAGC